AUGGCCUGGGGGCUGCUCCUGGCGCUCUGCGGGGGGCUCCUGGCUCCAGCCGCGGCGGGCGGACGCCACAGCCUGGCCGUGCUUGUCACAGCCGUCACCCACGAAGACGGGACCCAUCACUUCAUCAUUGUCACCAAGCUGGAUGACGUUCAGAUCACGUACUACAGCAGUGACACGCGAGAGCUCAGAGCCACCCAGGAGUGGGCAGCACAGGCCCUGGGCACUGAGUAUCUCCAGGAAAAGACUCAGAAGUUCUGGACAUAUGACAAGGACUCUAAAGGAGGUAUCAGGAGGUGGAUGCAGCUGUACAACCAGACAGGCGGGAUUCACACUGCACAGGCUCACGUGGGCUGUGCCCUGAGCGACCAGGCCCCCGUGGACCCGAGGUUCCAGUACGCCUUCGACGGGAGGGACUUCAUCAGCUUUGACAACCAGACGGGGACGUGGGUCGCAGCCGUGCAGCCGGCCUUCCUCCAGAAGCAGCGCUGGGAGACGGUCAAGACUUGGACUCAGUAUGUCCAGAGGUACCUGCAGUAUGAGUGUCUGGAGACCCUGCGGCGCCUGGUGCAGCGGGCAAUGGGGGUCCUGGAGCAGCAGGUGCCCCCUGAGGUCUCGGUUUCCCGCAGAGACGCCCCCGACAGCUCCGUCACCCUCUCCUGCCGCGCCAGGGGCUUUUACCCGCGUCCCAUCCAUGUCUCCUGGGUGCGGGAUGGAGAAGACAUCCUGGCGGAGACGGACUCCAGCGGGAUCCUGCCCAACACUGAUGGCACCUACUACACUCAGUCGUCCCUGGAGAUCUCCCCGCAGCAGGACGGGCACCGCUACUACGCCUGCCGAGUGAAACACAGCAGCCUGGGGGAGCCCAUGCUCGUCUGGGCCCCUGGGAAGAAGGGCCCCCUGCAUCCCGGGGUCCUGGCCGCCAUUGUCCUGGCCGCGCUGGUUCUGGCUGGUGGAACCGUAGGGGCCAGCGUCAUCCUGUGGAGGAGAAAAUCAGCAGGCCCCUAUGUUCCGGCAGCCACAUAGACCAGAGAAGAUUCUGCCUCCAGCUCGUCAUGGGGCAGACACCCGGAGCGUGGGACCCCGGCGUCGGGGGGACCCUGCCCAGCCGUUGACCCUGCUGUCUCAGUGAUCUCUGUCCACUGCCUCCCUUCUGCUCUGGGGCGAUUCUGGCGUGGCUGUUAGAGGGUGUUGGGCCUUACACCGUUGUAUUGUAUGCGUUCUCUCCUGCAGCUUGUUCUUUCCAAGUCACUGAUCACUGGGCCCUUCUCCAGCCAGGGCUUUGCUCAGCAUCUCUUCCAAAGGGUCUGACACAAUCCUGUCUCCCGUCUCGCCAGUGCCAGUCACGGGGCAGUUCCCCUUUUCCAGUCGCAGGAGCCGGCAGAGUCAGACGAGCAGGCAGAGGCUGGGGCAAGUGGGGCACUGUGGGAUCCCACUCCCCUCCGUGGGGCAGAUGGGCCGGCCUGGCACACCGACCCCCAGCUUGUGACUGGCAGGAGGACCCGUCUCUGUGCUCUGAGUUCAGCUCGGAGCUUUCGCCCGGAUUAUGUGGGUCAAACUCGCCCACCCCACAAGCUGCUCAGAGCUGAGCUGCUGAGUCUCCCAGUGUCAGAGCCGGCUCUGAGCCCGUGUCUGUGCAGCGGGACCCGCUGACGGACGCGGCCCUGUCCCCCUCUGGCACGGCUGAGGGAAUGGCCGACGGGGGCUCUGAGCCCGUGUCUGUGCAGCGGGACCCGCUGACGGACGCGGCCCUGUCCCCCUCUGGCACGGCUGAGGGAAUGGCCGACGGGGGCUCUGAGCCCGUGUCUGUGCAGCGGGACCCGCUGACGGACGCGGCCCUGUCCCCCUCUGGCACGGCUGAGGGAAUGGCCGACGGGGGCUCUGAGCCCGUGUCUGUGCAGCGGGACCCGCUGACGGACGCGGCCCUGUCCCCCGCUGGCACGGCUGAGGGAAUGGCCGACGGGGGCUCUGAGCCCGUGUCUGUGCAGCGGGACCCGCUGACGGACGCGGCCCUGUCCCCCGCUGGCACGGCUGAGGGAAUGGCCGACGGGGGCUCUGAGCCCGUGUCUGUGCAGCGGGACCCGCUGACGGACGCGGCCCUGUCCCCCGCUGGCACGGCUGAGGGAAUGGCCGACGGGGGCUCUGAGCCCGUGUCUGUGCAGCGGGACCCGCUGACGGACGCGGCCCUGUCCCCCUCUGGCACGGCUGAGGGAAUGGCCGACGGGGGCUCUGAGC